AUGUUGACGGUCUUGCAGGUUUUGACUGUUAUCCUCGUUCAUUUCGCAGCCGCCGAGGUUGUACCGUUCUUGGAACCGGGUUUCUUUUUCGAUUAUAACAAGGCGGAUGAGCCGGUCCCGAUCCUCCUUACUCAGCAAUGUGAAGUCAUCCACCUCAAAUGGGAUCGAUCUCAAGCUAUUGGACAAAAUCCCGUCGCUCCAUAUUCCCUCUUGGUGUACACUUCAACAAGCGAAACGGCAAGCGUCAUCGACGCUGGUAGCGGGCUGAGCUUUGAUUGGGCGGUACCUUUCCCCCCUGGAGCUCAGUACCAAAUAUGUAUGUUUGAUGUCAACGGAGUUUCGGGAGGAUGUCAAGACAUGUACACUAUGAUACCGAACUCCAACGGUACGAACGUUAGCUGUCCGAAUGUCACCUCUGCGGUUCUGUCUGCAAAUGGGACAGUGUCCCAGCCUAGCGGUCCUAUGUCUCGGUUUGGUUUUAUCAAUCAGUGCACCGAUGUAUCUGUAACACCCAACGAAGGAACGCCUCCAUUCACACUCACGAUUGCACCCGCACUCCAUCCUCCGUUCAACUUAACCUCGAAUACUAUGGAUCCAAUCACUUGGACGGUUUCUCUUCCCCGUGCAAUGCCAUUCUAUAUGUCAAUGGUAAGCUCUGAAGGAAAGCUCUGGGCGAAUGGACCUUUGCAUGUUGGUGCCUUUGGUCCGACAGAUUGUCUAGCUCCAGGAACUGUGAGCACCAAUCAUGCAAAAUCUGUCGCAGCACGCGCAGGGGUUGGAGGUCUUUUCGACGGUGUAGCUCUCGCGGCUGGAAUUCUCAUCCCCCUAUCCAUCUGGCGCCGUCGACGUCAACGAAUGCAACUGAUAGAGAUAACAAAAGAUUUUUCUCCUUUCAAUGAUCAUAGAUCGUCGAUCGUUGCUAUCGGACAACCCCAAGGCCUUGGAAUGUCUCGCGAAGAGCGCAAACUUGAUGGUGUUUUGAUUCUGCCGACUCUUUCUGAACUAUCCCCUGCGUAUGCAUCGUCGGGUAUACACCCGUCUCGUGUGUUCGACGGGACUAGUUCGGCCUGGAAUCAGGAGGUUGACUCAGAAAGGGGUUUACCGCCGUCGUAUUCAUACCACGGACGUCAAGGUUCUCGCGAACGUCCUCGCAUCAUGCCUGGAGGAAAGACGGGACGUUAG